AAAAAAAUAAAUGCUGCAUGAGUUAUACCAAGAUUAUAUUAGUAGUACAGAGUUCCAUACUGCAAACGAAAUGAUGUACUAAUAUAAUUCAAAGAGUUCUAUAUCAAGAUUAAUUCUUAUACGUUUGAACAAACGAUGAAAGAACAAGAACACAUGCAGACAUAAAUAGAUGAUGAUGAGUUCGUUGGUAUAUAUAGUUCCUAGCUUCGAGCGUCCCUCUUUUUCUCUUUUAUUUAUAUAUAUGUUCCCUUAAUUUCCUCCUCAAAUUUUCUCUCUUUCCACAUUUCUCCACAACCGCAUUUCAGAUCUCAUCAUCUUAAUUUGUAACAAACAAAUCCAUAGAGAGAAGAGGAAAGAAGAAGAAAAAAAAAAGGUAAUGGCAGUGGUGUCACCUUUAGCAAAGUACAAAUUGGUAUUUUUGGGAGAUCAAUCGGUUGGUAAAACAAGUAUCAUUACUCGCUUCAUGUACGAUAAAUUCGAUACUACUUAUCAGGCUACCAUUGGUAUUGAUUUUUUAUCAAAGACAAUGUAUCUUGAAGAUAGAACGGUUCGCUUGCAGCUCUGGGAUACUGCUGGUCAAGAGAGAUUUAGGAGUCUUAUUCCAAGCUACAUUAGAGAUUCUUCUGUUGCUGUGAUUGCAUACGAUGUUGCCAACCGCCAAUCAUUUCUAAACACGUCAAAGUGGAUUGAGGAAGUACGUACUGAACGCGGCAGUGAUGUCAUUAUCGUUCUUGUUGGGAACAAAACUGAUCUUGUUGAGAAAAGGCAAGUAUCCACAGAAGAAGGAGAUGCUAAGGCUCGUGAACUUGGAGUAAUGCAUAUAGAAACUAGUGCUAAAGCUGGGUUCAAUAUCAAGCCUCUAUUUCGGAAAAUUGCUGCUGCUUUACCAGGGAUGGAGAACCUAUCAUCGACAAAAUCAGACGAUAUGGUCGAUGUGAAUUUGAAGCCUACAACAAAUACAUCUAGCACUGAGCAGCAAGGAGGAGGUUGUGCAUGCUAAAUUUUGUACUUAAGUUGGAAGGGGGGAGAGAGAAAGAAGUUGGAUUCAGGAAGAUGCAGUUACAUCCAGUUAUUAUUAGGGUGAUCAGUUAGCUAAUUUCUUAGAUUAUAUGAGGUUUUCGACAGUCAGUUUGUACAAGUCCUGAUGAUUCUGAGAGAGUAGGAAACCAUUGAAGAUGCACUUUGUUAAUGUGUUCAUAUUUUGUAUGAGCUUUCCUAAUUCUUUCCUAUUUCAGGAAU